ACGCCUGUAUUGUAUUCACCGCUUGCAACUCUCCUCAUUAAGCUUACUUGCCUUUCAACUUCUGAGAAGUUCACAAAUCAAUUUUUAGUCUAUCUUUAAUUUUCACAGGUAAAAAGGAAGAAAAAAAAAAUCAUAUGGGGUUGAAAACCGUUGAAGGGUUCCCACUUUUGGCUGAUUUCCUCCGGCAGUGCGGUGGCUAUGCCGUCAUCGACGGUGGUCUUGCGACGGAGCUGGAACGUCAUGGUGCUGACUUAAAUGAUCCUCUUUGGAGUGCCAAAUGCCUUAUUAGCUCUCCUCAUCUUAUAAGAAGGGUGCACCUAGAUUACCUGGAAGCUGGUGCAAAUAUUAUAAUUUCUGCAUCUUAUCAGGCUACACUUCAGGGAUUUGAAGCAAAGGGCAUAUUAAAGGAAGAAGGUGAAGCAUUACUUAAGAGAAGCGUGGAGAUAGCAUGUGAAGCACGAAACAUAUAUAACGACAGAGCUGCGAAAGGUUCUUGGGAUGAUUUUAAUAAUGGAAGUAAUUUGAAGCACAAACCAAUCUUGGUUGCAGCAUCUGUGGGAAGCUAUGGCGCUUAUUUGGCUGAUGGUUCUGAAUAUAGUGGAAUUUAUGGUGAUGCAAUCAUGGUGAAAACUCUUAAAGAUUUUCAUCGAAGGAGAGUUCAGGUUCUUGCCAAUUCAGGUGCUGAUUUGAUUGCAUUCGAAACAACUCCCAACAAAAUGGAAGCUCAGGCUUAUGCUGAGCUUCUUGAGGAAGAGGCCAUAAAUAUUCCAGCCUGGUUUUCCUUCAGUUCUAAAGAUGGAACCAAUGUGGUUAGUGGGGAUUCCGUGGUAGAAUGUGCUUCGAUCACUGAUUCGUGUAAGCAAGUUGUUGGAAUUGGAAUCAAUUGUACCCCUCCUAGAUAUAUUCAAGGGCUGAUCCAAUCGAUCCGAAAGGUAACAAGUAAACCAGUACUUGUAUAUCCUAACAGUGGUGAAACUUAUGACAGUGAAAGGAAGGAAUGGGUGGCUACAACUGGUGUUGCAGAGGAAGAUUUCGUGUCAUACGUAGACAAGUGGUGUGAUGCUGGAGCUUCUCUCGUCGGAGGUUGUUGCAGGACCACCCCAAAUACCAUUAGGGCUAUUUCCAAGCUUCUUUCCAGCAGGUCUCACAAGGGCUAAUACAUUUGACUGAUGGAUCACUGAAAAGCAAAGGCUAAUAAUGUGUUGCUCCGAGUUUUGUGUAUUCGAAUAAAAACAGAACAAUAAUACAUUAUAUAGUGUCUACCUUGAACCGAGGGUCUUUCGGAAACAACCUCUCUAUCUUCCGGGGUAGGGGGAAGGUCUGCGUAUACACUACCCUCCCCAGACCCCACACGUGGGAGUAUACCGGGUGGUUGUUGUUGUUGUAUAGUGUCUACCUUUGUUUUAGUGGUAAAUAAAUCAGCCUAGCUCUGUGGCCGAUAAAGCCAAUCAGUCUAAUGCAUUAAUUAAAAAUAGUUAGGAAUCAAUUGUAUGAAUAUUGUCUUUUAUAUAUCCAUGCUGCAGAUUGUAACUCUAA